AUGCCCGCUCAGACCGGGCAGGCUGAGAAACAGCAGAAGGAUGUGCAGCUGCAUCCAGAGCUGCAGCGGCCGGGGCAGAAAGUGCCAGGCCCUGCACCGCAGCUCACAAAGGUUUUGGCUGGACUGCGGCACACAUUCGUGGUAGCGGAUGCCACGCUGCCGGACUGUCCCUUGGUGUUCGCCAGCGAAGGGUUUCUGUCUAUGACGGGAUACUCGGCUGAGGAGGUGCUGGGGCAUAACUGCCGCUUCCUGCAAGGGGAGGGAACGGACCCGAAGGAAGUGGCCAUCAUCAGGGAUGCGGUGAAGAAGGGGGAGGGGUGCUCCGUGCGCUUGCUCAACUACAGAAGGGAUGGCACUCCGUUUUGGAACCUGCUCACCAUGACGCCAAUCAAGACAGAGGACGGCAAGGUGUCCAAGUUUGUGGGAGUGCAGGUCGAUGUGACCUCAAAGACAGAGGGGAGGGCAUUUUCAGACGCGACUGGAGUGCCGCUUCUGGUGAAGUACGACACGCGGCUCAGGGAAAAUGUUGCAAAGAACAUCGUCCAGGAUGUCACCUUACAAGUGCAGGAAGCUGAGGAGGAGGACUCCGGGGCGGCCUCCGAGGCGGCCAGAGUCUCCAGCCUGAAGGGCUUCAACAAGCUGUGGCACAAGAUGGGCAACAAGGUGACGCGCCCGCAGUGUCUUGGUGGCCCACCGUCCGCGCCCCUUGGGGACCCCAAAGCACAGGCAUCAGCCCACGAUCCUCAGCUGCAGAAGCAGGGCGAACGGGUAGGCAAGAAAAUGACAGCCCCCAAAACGUUCCCCAGGGUGGCCAUGGAUCUGGCAACGACAGUGGAGCGCAUUCAGCAAAAUUUCUGCAUCUGCGAUCCCAACCUGCCGGACAACCCCAUCGUGUUUGCGUCAGACGGCUUCCUGGAGAUGUCCCAGUACGACCGAUUCGAGGUCCUGGGCCGCAACUGCCGCUUCCUGCAGGGACCGGACACGGACCCCAAGGCGAUCAGCAUCAUCCGGGACGCGAUCAAGUCGCAGAGCGAGGCGACCGUGCGCAUCCUCAACUACCGCAAGAGCGGGCAGCCCUUCUGGAACAUGCUCACCAUCGCGCCCAUGGCCGACGUCGACGGCACCUCUCGCUUCUUCAUCGGCGUCCAGGUGGAUGUGACAGCCGAGGAUGUGCCGAUGACGGGCGGCAUUCCCCAGGUGGAUGCAAAGGCCGUCAAGGCGGCCGAUCCCAUGGGCAGUGUGCUGGGCAUGGCGCAGCGGCAGAUGGGUGCCGGAUGGGCCGUGCAUGACCCCUGGGCCGCCAUCCACGCCGGCGUUGCCAGCCUCAAGCCCCACAAGGCCCAGGAGAAGGUGUGGGCGGCGCUGCGUGAGAAUGACAGGAAGAAUGGGCGGCUGGCGCUGUCGCAGUUCCGCCGCCUCAAGCAGCUGGGCACCGGCGACGUCGGCCUUGUGGAUAUGGUCGAGCUGCAGGACGGCUCCGGCAGGUAUGCGAUGAAGACGCUGGAGAAGGCUGAGAUGCUGGAGCGCAACAAGGUGAUGCGCGUGCUGACGGAGGCCAAGAUCCUGUCGGUGGUGGACCACCCCUUCCUGGCCUCCCUCUACGGGACCAUCGUUACGGACACCCACCUCCACUUCCUCAUGCAGAUCUGCGAGGGCGGCGAGCUCUAUGCACUCCUCACCUCCCAGCCCUCCAAGCGCUUCAAGGAGUCCCACGUUCGCUUCUACACCGCCGAGGUGCUGAUUGCGCUGCAGUACCUGCACCUGAUGGGCUUUGUGUACCGGGACCUCAAGCCCGAGAACAUCCUGCUGCACAGCAGCGGCCACAUCCUGCUCACCGACUUCGACCUCUCCUUCUGCCAGGGCUCCACCAAGGUCAAGUUUGAGAAGAAGAAGAACGGCCACGCCAACAGCUCGCAGCCCGGGGCCACGCAGGUGAGCCCAGCAGAGGAGAUCAUGAUGAUCGCGGUGCCGGAGGCACGCGCCAACUCCUUUGUGGGCACUGAGGAGUACCUGGCGCCAGAGGUCAUCAACGGCGUCGGCCACGGGGCCGGGGUGGACUGGUGGAGUUUCGGGAUCCUGAUCUACGAGCUGCUGUACGGGUUCACUCCCUUCCGGGGCAAGAAACGUGACGAGACGUUCAACAACAUCCUCAAGCGGCCACUCUCCUUCCCCGAACUGCCUGAGGUCUCGGACGAGUGCAAGGACCUGAUCUCGCAGCUGCUGGAGCGCGACCCGGCCAAGCGGCUGGGCGCGCACGCGGGCGCGGAGGAGAUCAAGGCGCACCCCUUCUACGAGAGCAUCAACUGGGCCCUCCUGCGGAACACGCGGCCCCCCUACAUCCCCCGCCGCAGCGCCCUGCGCAAGGCCAACAAGCCCUCCCCUGCCGCGCAGGCGCAGUUCGACGACUUCUGA